GCGAUCAAAUUGCUAGUUAACCGUUCUUAGCACAAGCAAUGCAUGGUUACGUACGUAACACCUACAAUGGGCACCUAGCACAUAUCAGUAGCUCCCUUGUAGAGCCGCUGGUUUUUUCCAUAUUCCAGCUACGCUCUAUCUGGUUUACGCUCUCUGAACGGCUACAUAUUGCAUUCAAAGUGCUCAGUAAUGUGCGUGUCCCGUCAUUGCAUCGGGUUGCUGCGUUUGUCGUUCUCAUCCCUCGCGGCUCGCCACAGGUUGUUACCCACCAAGGAGCGCAUUUCAAGAGACAACGGAACUAUUGUAACCCCCUCCCAGUCCCUACGGACCCUACCCUACGGAGCCCGUGAUACCUCAGGUACCUUACUCAACCUUUUUUUUCCCCGGUCCACCACCACUGCAUCGGCUCCUCUUUUCUACACUGUUCUUCCGGUUCCAUUCGAACCCCACUCGUCGUACAGGAAGCACCUUCUAUCGCUCUAUCAGCUCUCGUCCUUCUUUCUCUUCUACACCAUCAUCCAUGUCUCGUACCUCGAGCAGAAGAUAUGCCCGGCGUGGGUACUCAGCCAGCCAGAGGGUCGUCAGGGCAAGGGGAGAUGAGGCACAACCGGCCUAAGAUGGGGUGCGCGGUGCAUCCUUAAUUUUUUUUUCCCCCUACCCUUC